CUUUUUUCUUUUUUUUUUUUGGUUUUUUAGUCUUCUUUCUAUUUCUCUCUCUCUCUCUCUUUUUUUUCCCCCCUUGUUCUUCCCCGCUUCGCUUUACGUGCGCUUCGGUGUCCUUGCCAUUCCUUUUUGAAUUGUUUUUGUUUUUCUUGCUGUUGUCUGAUUUGAAUCGAUUAUUGCCAUGGGAAUGGGAAUGGAAAAGUGCUGUGGGUUCAUUCCACUGAGACUCGCCACGUUCAUUAUUGCAACUUGGUUCUUUGUGAUUUACCUCUUUGACGCUGUCACUGGAUUCCUAGGCAUCAACGCUGUUACGGUCUACUCGGGACAAACCGCCAAAGCUUGGUAUUACGUCGACCUCAUCUUCACCCUCAUUAUUUGUAUCGGUGGUCUUCUAGGCAUCAUUGGUUCAUGCUUUGCUUCUCGCAAAUUCGCCAAAAUAUUCAGCAUCAUUGUGUGGAUAAAUUGUGCCCUAUCCAUCAUAAAAUAUAUUGUCUCUCUGGCAUUGAUGGCAGUAUUUCACGAAAAUUUAGUUCGAUCAUGUUUACGUUCUGGAUUUAUUGGUUUCUCCAACGCCCAAACUCCCAUGGGACCAGCCAUCAUCACCGACAGUCCCUUUUACACCCCCGUUCAAUAUCCAGGCACUCUCAAUGCCCAUGCCAGUAGUCUUGACGACUGUCAAUCCAAUGUUAAAACGUUCCUCAUUGCCUACGGUGUGGUUAUCUUUGUCAUUGAAUUGAUUCAGAUUUACUUUGCUUCCGUCGUGAACGCUUAUUCAUCGCGACUACGCAAUGGCGCACGUCAUCAUCGAUUGCACGAUCAGCAAAUCAAAGACUUUGAAGAAUCCCGAUACCAUAUGUCAACCGUUUAUUAAAACAUGGGGUUGAUCUUUUUCCUUUUUCCUUUUUUUUCCGCUGUACAUUUCAUUCCAUCUUUUUUUGUUUGUUUUGUUUUCUCCUAGAUCGUCGUUUUUGCUGGUUCAAAUGAAACCAUUAAAAAAAAGCAUUUGGGUUCACCGACCAUCCUCAGAUCAACUUUUUACGUGGUUCUCUUUAGCCAAGACAAUAGUGAUACUGUAGUUACUUGUACCACGCCAACUUUAUCAUUGAGGCAUAAACUUGUGUUCCCUUGGUUGCUGGAUCAUCCUAUUUUUUUCAAGUCCCGAAACAGCACAAGGCAAAACCAAUUCAUGAUCUUUCAAAAUACGACAUAUUUUAACAACAGAAGCCAUCGUCCACGGGAUUGGUUCCCCAAGGGCGCUAUUGAUUAUUUUAUAUUCAUUGACUUCAAGGCCCACGGUAAUUCGACUAUUUGCG